UGCAUAUAAGUCAUUUGGCGUAACGCCCAUUUGGCAUAAUGGCAAUUUGGCAUAACAAGGAUUAUGCAGAUUCUGACAAAGAAGGCUAUUCUUCGUAUUAUGCCAAAUGACCGUAAUGCAAAAUUCCCAAUAUGCCAAAUGGCCUCUAGUGAUUGAGAGUCAAUUUGAGACUUUGUUAUAUUUGGUUUAUCAAAUCUGCCUUUUCUAUUCAAGCCUGGGGCUGAAGUCUGACAUUGAAUGUAAUCGAUCUGUUCAAGAUAUUAGUAUCCCUCACCUUAGAAAAGAAUAGAAUCCUUCAAUUUAGGCUGCUACGUGGACGUCGAUUUAACCUGAGGUACACAGUUUACAUUACUAAUCGAAUGCGUACAGAUUUCUAAUAUCCCAUGCUCGACGGUAAAGGUACAUUCAUUGCGAAAAGUGAUAAUUUAAAUGAGACGCAGCAGCGACAGGCAAGGUGAUUUAUAAGCUUUGAAGACUGCAUAAACUGGCCGUUCGACUUCUGCUCGCCCAUUUAUCGGAGGAUUAACGAACAACCUCGACGCUUUGGAGCUGGGAGGCAGUGGAUUGUGUUUACCUAUGUGGAGUGUGCUGGCAAGUGCAAAAUUAUGAAGUUUCGCAUUCCGUACUGUGAGGUGAUGGUCGAUGACGGCGGCGUGAAGCACUGAAGGAAGUCUGUCUCAAGACGCGCCAAAUUUAGGAUUGAACUGAGGCACGUUUUUGGGGGUGUAGUAUUGCCCGGUUGGCAUACUAAUUGAUCGCGCAUCGCCAUCGUUGUGCGUAAUCGCACGUAAAAAAUCCAAAGCAGUACCAUGUCGUCAACAAGUUUGAACGGAAUCAUUGGGGGACACGGUGACCGGGAUGGGUCGUCGCUGGAAACGACACCGACUACGACAACGGUCACAACGGUGGCCUUGACAGAGUCCAUAUCCAAGACCGGCAGCAACAGUAUGGAUGGUAACGAAAGUUGGGCAACGAACAAGCUGGACGUCAGUGUUGAAGAUGGGACUGAAAAGGUGAAAAGCGCCGGUGAAGGUGUGCAACAAUCGGAGAAUUACUACUGUGGGUGGUUCGGAUUGCGGCCUCGAUGGAUUCAGCGGUUCAUGACACCCAAAUGGGCACUAUUUUGGCUAUGCUGGGCUGGAGCAGUACAAGGACUGGUCGUCAAUGGUUUCAUCAACGUCGUCAUCACCACGAUCGAGCGACGGUUCGGCCUGAGAUCGACGCAGACAGGUUUGGUAGCCAGCGGGUACGACAUAGCCUCUUUCCUUUGUCUGGUACCCGUAUCCUACUUUGGUGGCCGCCUUGGUGCAUCUAAGCCCCGUUGGAUCGGAUGGGGCGUCGCUGUGAUGGGUCUCGGAGCGUUUGUCUUUGCUCUGCCACAUUUUCUGGUCGGCCAGUACCGGGCAACCAACUCGGAGCAGAAUGUUUGUCUCGCCGCCGGCGGGGGAGAUGCUCUGGUCAAUGAUACUGUGGAUGCUGCCCAUUUGCUGGGGGAGAGCUGCACGCUGGCCAACGGUUCCCUGGCACCGGACGGUACCGAGAAUCUCUCGUGGAAUGUUUGGUUUUUCUUCACCGCUCAGUUACUGUUGGGUGCGGGCGCAUCGCCGCUGUACACCCUCGGGGUCACCUACAUCGACGAGAACGUCUCCAAGAAGAUGUCAUCUGUUUAUUUAGGCAUCUACUACACGAUGGCGGUCGUUGGUCCAGCUGCCGGUUACGUUAUUGGUGGCCAGCUAUUGCUCUUCUACACCGAUAUGUUCGUAGUGGAUUCCUCAACCCUGGGACUAACACCGCACAGCAAGGUGUGGGUCGGUGCCUGGUGGAUUGGAUUCGUUUUUAUGGCUGCCUUCUGUCUGCUGCUGGCGAUACCGAUACUGGCGUACCCCCGCGCACUGCCCGGUUCGGAAAAGUUGGAAAAAGUCUCCGAGGCGCACCGGGGCGACACCGACAAGCAAAAGCAACCGUUCACCAAAAUCAAGGAAAUCCCCAAAGCGCUGGCGGCGCUGCUCAAGAACCCCACGUUCUUCUUUCUGAAUCUGGCGGGCGCUUCCGAGGGGCUGGUCAUAUCGGGAUUUGCGGUCUUUCUGCCGAAGCUGAUCGAAAAUCAGUUCAGUGUGACCGCUGUGUGGUCGGCGUUAUUAAUGGGAAUCAUCACAGUACCCGCCGGUGGAGGAGGAACCUUCCUCGGUGGCUAUCUGGUUAAAAAACUCAACCUAUCCUGUUCCGGAAUCAUUCGUUUCUGCCUGUUUGCCACCGUGUUUGCUGCUCUUUUCACCAUCUGUUUCUUCCUGUCCUGCCCGAAUCUAACCUUUGCCGGCGUAACCGCUUCGUACUUUCCGCGGGAAAAUCUUCGGACACCGGACGCCCGCGCAACGGAAGUGUUUUUCCUACCGAAAACACUGGACAGCGCAUGCAACAGCAAAUGCACCUGUAGCAAGAUGAAUUAUGAACCCAUUUGCGGCGCCGACGGGGUAAUGUACUAUUCCCCUUGCCACGCUGGCUGUGCCCAAGAGGUGAAUCUGGAAAACGCCAAAGUGUACAAGGAUUGUGCUUGCAUAAAUGCUACCUUCGGUUCUGAUGAACCCUACCGAAGCUACGACGCGGUGAAUACCAUGUGCGAAUCUCAAUGCAACCACCUGUGGCUGUUCGUGGCCCUGUGCUUCCUGGUCAUGUUUUUCACCUUCCUGGCAACGAUGCCGGCCCUCUCGGCUACGCUCCGCUGCGUUCACGACGAUCAGCGUUCAUUCGCUUUGGGCAUCCAGUGGAUAAAGGUUCGGAUACUUGGCACGAUUCCGGCGCCGAUGAUUUUCGGUAGAUUGAUUGACGAAACGUGCAUCCUGUGGCAGGAAUCGUGCGACGACCACGGGGCUUGCCUGGUGUACGAUAAUGCGUUUAUGAGCAAGUACAUGCUCCUACUGGCACUGGUAGGCAAAGCUUGUUCCAUUCUGUUCUUCUUCGGUGCCUGGUUCUACUACAUACCACCGAAGGCGAUGACGACGAACGAUGACGACGAGGAUUUCGCCAGCAACAAGAAGCAACAGGUUAACGGUGAUGCUGCGCACCACGUGGAAAAAUACUAACCGAACACAAUGAACCAUGCUCUCAUCAUCUCCCCUCGCAAGCCGAAGGGGAGAACAUUCCAAAAACAUGAUUAGCCAAAAAAAAACAUUUGAGGUAAUCCUCGUGCUCAGAUACCAGUCAUUCCAAACACUCACUAGCCAUUAGGGGAGAAACUUUUUCUUGUAACGAUUUUACAAUUUUAUACUAAACGAACCACAAAACGAUAACGAACCAAGUCAUCUUAGCGUUUGUAAGCCAUACCUACAUUAUAAGUAUUACAACAGUUAGGUCAUAAGCCAAUCUCUGUGUAAUAAGUAUUUGUUAACAUAAUUGUUUUUUAUGCUUGUAGAUUUUUUCGUGUUAUUUCAAAUAGACUGAGUUUUCCGAUUAAUUUAUUGUAUUAUGGCAAAAAAAUACUUUAAAUUCUACAUCGUGUGGUGGCAUUACUAGUGUUGUGAAACGUGAUAGGUUUAUUCCUUAUUAAUGUUUGUAGGACUAAUAUAGUACUACUUCACGAAGAUUUGUAAAUUUGAGUUUGAUGGUCAUUAUUUGGAAAUAUACUUAUUAUAUACCAUGUAUGUGUGUACUACUCAUAAUGAAGUAAAGUAAAUAAAACAGUAAAGUUGAUGUCAGUAGAGUUACCAGUGAUUGUA